ACCACCACAACCACCACAACCACCACAACCACACCGCCAUUGUCGCCCCCUCCGGUGCUUCGUUUUGACUCUGACUAUUUUAAGACGCUAGCGUGUCCGUCCACAUUUGGCCCUGUCAGAUCACAAAACACCUUGUCUCGCUCUUCAUCCUUUUUCAUCUGUCUCUUUCUGUCCCCUCUCACUUUGUUAUUUCUUUUCCCAUUUUCCUCCGCCCAUGUCUUCGUCCUUUAUCCCUGUCUCACUCUAUCCGUCACUCUAUCCGUCUGUGAUCACAGGAUGACUCAUGUGGCUCGCACCUGCUCUGCAGUCGAGGGGCUGCCGUGCUUUUAUGAGAAGAGGUUGGAGACGAUGAAGUGAGUGACAGCUGUUUUCGGAACCUUGCAGAGGACCGCAGUGGCGUCAACCUCAAAGAUCUCAUCCAUGAUCCCUCCCUGGUCGCGGGGAGGCGACAUUGGCCGAAGGAGGGUUGGCCCCGGACGGGUUGCCAGUUUAUCACACAUAUGGAGACAGACAGCACAUCCACAGCGACGGGGAAGUGUGUGGAGUCUCCAGUGAACCACAGUCCUGCAUGUCUUUGGACUGCGGGAGGAAGCCGGAGAGAACCCACGCCGCCGCGGUUGGGGGGUAUGAUCACGGCCUACAAGAUAGUGCCCGAUGAGAUAGACGAAAUCAAGGAGACUCUGGUGGAUUGGUGCGAUGAAAAGGAACUUAACCUUAUCCUAACUACCGGAGGCACCGGCUUCGCUCCGAGAGACGUCACACCAGAGGCCACUCGGGAGGUGAUAGAACGCGAGGCUCCAGGGAUGUCUCUGGCGAUGCUGAUGGGGUCCCUCAACGUCACACCACUAGGCAUGCUCUCCAGACCUGUGUGUGGUAUCCGAGGGAAGACGCUCAUCAUUAACUUACCAGGAAGCAAGAAGGGCUCCCAGGAGUGCUUCCAGUUCAUCCUGCCAGCGCUGCCGCACGCCAUCGACCUCCUGCGGGACGCGGUGGUGAAGGUGAAGGAGGCGGCGGACGAGCUGGAGGACCUGCCGUCGCCACCACCUCCCCUCUCGCCGCCGCUUAACAGUUCGCCCUGCCUCCAGACGGAAGACAAGGGCGUGCAGUGCGAGGAGGACGAUGACGAGAAGAAGGACAGCGGUGUGGCGUCCACCGAGGACAGCUCCUCCUCCCACAUCACCGCUGCAUCCAUUGCCACCAAGAUCCCAGACUCCAUUAUCUCGCGGGGUGUGCAAGUGUUACCCAGGGAUACAGCCUCUCUCAGCACCACGCCCUCGGAGUCGCCCCGCGCCCAGGCCACGUCCCGCCUCUCGACCGCUUCCUGUCCCACGCCCAAACUCAACUGCGUUUACCUCCACAAACUGGUUAUUGCGCGGCCCCCCUCCUGUUCAUCCACCCUAAGCAUUGCUGAGGCCUCACGGAGAGAAUUCAGGGCUCACCUGGAUGAGGUCAUCACGCUCAAGUCAAGGUACUCUACCUUGGACCAGGUGCAGUCACGAUGCAACAGCAAAGAAAAUAUCCUAAGAUCAAGUCACAGUGCAGUGGACAUCACCAAAGUGGCCCGGAGGCACCGCACGUCCCCCUUCCCCCUCACCUCCAUGGACAAGGCCUUCAUCACUGUGCUGGAGAUGACCACCGUCCUGGGCACGGAGAUCAUCAACUACAGAGAUGGGAUGGGUCGAGUCCUGGCUCAGGACGUUUAUGCCAAAGACAACCUGCCACCCUUCCCUGCCUCUGUCAAGGAUGGUUAUGCUGUGAGAGCGGCUGACGGCACAGGCGACCGCUUCAUCAUUGGAGAGUCCAAAGCUGGAGAACAGCCCACCCACACAGUGAUGCCUGGCCAGGUGAUUAGAGUGACGACGGGUGCCCCUAUUCCAUGCGGGGCUGACGCUGUAGUCCAGGUGGAAGACACCGAGCUGCUCCGCGAGUCUGAAGACGGCACAGAGGAGCUGGAGGUACGAAUCCUAGUUCAGGCUCGCCCGGGGCAGGACAUCAGGCCCAUCGGUCAUGACAUUAAGCGUGGGGAGUGUGUGCUUUCAAAGGGCACCCACAUGGGCCCGUCUGAGAUUGGUCUUCUGGCCACUGUGGGAGUCACAGAGGUGGAAGUCCAGAAAUUCCCCGUGGUGGCCGUCAUGUCGACAGGAAAUGAGCUGCUGAACCCAGAAGACGACCUCCAUCCUGGGAAGAUCAGGGACAGCAAUCGCUCCACCCUAUUGGCCACUAUCCAGGAGCAUGGCUACCCCACCAUCAAUCUGGGCAUCGUGGGAGACAACCCAGAUGACCUUCUCAACGCUCUAAAUGAAGGCAUCAGCCGAGCUGAUGUCAUCAUCACCUCAGGAGGAGUGUCCAUGGGAGAGAAGGACUACCUUAAGCAGGUGCUUGAUAUUGAUCUUCAUGCUCAGAUCCAUUUUGGUCGUGUUUUCAUGAAACCAGGUCUACCAACAACAUUUGCCACCUUGGACAUGGACGGUGCUCGCAAACUAAUCUUUGCCCUCCCAGGUAGAAACCCCGUUUCCGCUGUUGUCACCUGUAAUCUUUUUGUCAUCCCUGCCUUGAGGAAGAUGCAGGGCAUUUUGGACCCUAGGCCCACCAUCAUCAAAGCGAGGUUGUCUUGUGAUGUGAAGUUAGACCCUCGGCCUGAAUACCACCGCUGCAUUCUGACAUGGCAUCACCAGGAGCCUCUGCCGUGGGCACAGAGCACAGGGAACCAGGUGAGCAGCAGGCUGAUGAGCAUGCGCAGUGCUAACGGGCUCCUGAUGCUACCUCCAAAAACAGAGCAAUACGUGGAGCUGCACAAGGGCGAGGUGGUUGACGUCAUGGUCAUCGGCCGGCUAUGAUGUCAUCACAGGGGGACGGAGCGUCGGCGUCAUAUAGCGAGGGUUGGAAUGGGUGGUUCACGGUGCAUGUCCACAUAUCAUUGACUAUUCUGUAAUAUGCAACGGCACAGCUAGUUUUUAUUGAUUUGGAUAACGUUGAGGUAUAGUCAACAUCUUGACCACAACCUAGAUACAUAUGGAAAAAAGAAUUUAAAAAGAUUAUAGUAUUUCAAACAAAGAAAAUAUAACUUUUAAUGAAAAAAAUCUAAUUAUAAAAAGAGAUUUAUUCUGUAAUAUAUUAUUAUGAUUAUUCUUAUUAUUAUUAUCAUUAUUCUUCUUAUUAUCAUUAUUAUAUUAAGGCAACUUCGUUCCUUUCAUUGCAAUUGCUUUGUGUGUUCAAUGCUAGACCUUAUCUAUAGCAGUAGCAUUUUAAUAGACAGCUGUAGGUGCCUGCCAGGAUAAAAAAAGAAAAUUAUUAUUUUCUCAUCUUUAGUGAAAAAAAUAAUCCGUUUUUUGAAAAUGAAGAAAACAUUGAGGAAUACUCCAGAUUUCCCAUGGUGCUCAGCUAAAAGGAAGAGGGGGCACAUCAAGACCACUUCCUCUUUUGAGCGCCCAUCAAGGUGACACUUCUGUUUUUCUCUCAUUAGUAUGCAUCAUAAUGGCUUCACAAAGAGCUUUGCUUGUUGUUUAUAUUGUGAGUCUUGUUUAUGUGCGCAGUGCCAAAUGCCUGGGCAGGGAAGAGGUGAUGUUGGGAUGGGGAGGUGGGGGGGCACAACCCAGUCUGCCCAGACCCUGAAGCUUCCUUAUAUUCACGGUGACCCGGUGUAAACUUUGCCCCAAACCCCCCCCAGGGGCGGGCUUAACCUGGGAAAAAUAAUCUUUUAUUUGAUCAACUAUUUAAGAAUAAAUAAAUAAAUAAAAGAAGCAGCUUCUUUAAGUGCUGACAGCCUUUUUAACCAACUUCACAAAAAAUGUACAGAAAAAAUAAGAACCAUAUUGUACAGAUAUAUGUGACCAGCACUCCUAAGGAAAUUAUUAAGCAAUGAGGAGACAUUGAACAAUGCUGUACUAUAACAUUUUCUGUAAUGAUAUGAAACUGAUGAAAGAGACUUAAGAUAAUAAAAAUCCUUGAUCAUUAUGUAAAAAAAGUUCUUGUUGGGUUUCCUUUUUUAAUAAAAUAUAUUGAACGAAAAAAUAG